AUGCCGCAGGGCCUGCUCUGCACCCAGCGCUGCCACCAAGCAGAUAAUUUCCCUGUGUUUGAGAAACUGCACCUUUCUCCCCUACCCGGGACCGUUCCCCUGGAACGCGGCCGAGCCGUGCCCGGGACAAAAGCUCUUCACGCCCUCCCGGGACAAACCCCGGGGCUGCUCCCCGCCGGGCCCGGCCCCGCAUCCCGCAUCCCGCUCCCACCCCCGGCGCUCCCGCUGGAGCCGCCACCAGAUGGAGCCCGCCCCGCAUCCCGCAUCCCUCCCUGCCCGCAUCCCGGCUGCCCCGCAUCCCGCCCUCCCCGCGGCCAGGGAUUGGGCUCUCCGGGGAGCGAACACCCUGGGAGCCUCCCCUGCCUUCCGGAGACAAUAAGGCCCUGCAAGAUUUAUGGAGAAAGUUCUUCCUGUGCUGGGAGAGCUCUCAGGAAUAUUUUUACUCUACAAGCAUCUGACCUGAUUAAAGACAGGGUGUACCCUACUGGCAUUUGCAGGAGAAGCUGUGUUGGAUCGGAACUGGUCGACUGGCUUUUGGAGCAGUGCCCUUUUGUUAAGUGCAGAUCCACAGCAGCUGGAGUGUGGCAGCUCCUCCUGGAUAUGGGCAUUAUAUUAUCAGUGGACAGACAAAUCUAUUUUCAAGACACUCAAGCCUUCUACCAGUUCUCAGCGGAUGAAUGUACCUACCUUUUCUGUGAAUUUGAGAAAGAGGAAGGAUGGAAGAAUGGAGUUAAGCUUCUACUUCAACUACUGCCCUUGUCUCCUCCCAGGAUUGACAUGUGUAAUCUGCCUGAUCAAAAAAUAGAAGAUACGGCAGAAACCAACGCUGAAAUUCUUGCUCGUCUCACUUCUGCGGUACAGAGGGAACUGGCUGCUGUCAUUGCCUUGAAAGCAAGGAAGUCAGCAAUUCAUCAAAAUGAAGAAAGCAGCAGUCAAGAGACAAGAGGACUAGAAGACCUCAAGGAUACCUCUGAUACUCAGGCAGGGGUUUUGUGCAAGCUCCAGGGCAGAGAUGACAUGGGACGCAUUGAGCUGGUCCAGAAGCUGGCGAGAGAGAACUGCCAGUUUCUGCAGGCGGAUAGAAAACCACCGGAGAAGGCAGAACAAGUGGCCAGAAUAAUAGCUGCAAGAAACAACAAAGAUCCCAGCUAG